GGGAGGUACAAGCGCUGCUGAAAAUAUACGCGCAAGGGGCUGGAAGGGUUAACAGGCUACACUUAAUAUCAAAAGCAUACACUUUGCAAAACACUAUCAUGUACAUUUCCUCGAACUUGUGGCUGGUGACAGCUCUGCUCGAAGGUUUCUUCGGCGUUGCCACUUGGGAGGGAGGGGAGGGGGGAGUAAACAGCUUCCCCAAACCCGGGUCAACAGCAACCCCAUCAUCAGACUCGGAAAUGCCUACCUCGAGCAUUGCUUGAAAAUUUAACAUUAAAAACAUUCUGAACUUUGCAUCCCACGUGUUUCCCUAGCUGUAAAAUGAAUGCACUGUCUUACUGAAAUGUUCCGACAGAUUCAUUAAGUAUUAAUCAAGAUAUUGCCUUUAAUAUGAGGUGUGAAGUUAAAAAAUGAUGUCUCAUGGGGGCGAGUCGUCAAAUGUAUGCGGCCCCAUGGGGAUGACAGUCUUCUGGAGAAACAACAUAUGUCAGAGGUGGUGUCUCCAAAACCUGGCGGUAGCUCGAUCGUAACGGCAUCCUCACCGACGGGAAUCGCUCCAUCAAAGGCCCUCUCGCACUCAUCGCGAGACAUUGUUGAUGAGGCUCUGUGAUGAUCUGGGUGUUGAGUCAUUACUGUUGCUGCCCAAAUCAGCGUCUCCUUCAGUGGCAUCCACAAACCGCUCAAAGUCGGAGUCUGGAACAAAAGGGACUUCCAUGACUUGAUCCUCGUUGACGAUCUCAUCUUGAGUUUCAACUUCCCCACCAGCCUUCAUGCCUUCACAAGGAACAUCCUCUUUGUGAACGUAAAAAUUUUCGAACUUGCAUAUAAAAUUUUCUUAACCAUCUUUUCCUCAAUCUCCCUCGGGAUACUCAGGGCGUGCCCAGGUGGUCUUUGACUGACCAGGAGGAUCUCCCUGUGCCUAAACCUGGACCUGGACAGGUGCAGCUAUCCAUGCAGGAGGUUGGAAUUUGUGGAUCAGAUGUUCACUACUGGACCCAUGGAAGGAUCGGAGACUUCAUUGUAAAAGCACCCAUGGUUUUGGGUCAUGAAGCUAGCGGAAUAGUCAGUGAACUUGGUCAGGGUGUCACAUCCUUGAAAGUAGGAGACAGAGUAGCAAUAGAACCAGGUGUCCCCUGCCGUAUGUGCAACUAUUGCAAAACUGGUCGCUACAACUUGUGUCUAGAUAUGAAAUUUUGUGCAACUCCUCCUUAUCAUGGCAACUUGGCACGCUACUAUGUCCAUGAUGCAGAUUUUUGCUUUAAGCUGCCGGACCAUGUUUCUUUGGAAGAGGGUGCUCUGCUGGAACCUUUGUCUGUUGGUGUUCACGCGACAAACAGGGCCGGUGUUGGACUGGGCAGCACAGUACUGAUCUGUGGAGCUGGUCCAAUUGGUCUUGUAAACAUUCUAACUGCAAAGGCCAAAGGAGCCUCUGUAGUGUGUGUUACAGACAUUGAUGAAUCAAGACUGCAGAAAGCCAAAGAACUUGGAGCUGACUACACAGUCAAGGUGACCAGUCGUGAUGCGCAGCAGACAGCACAGCUGGUAGAAGAAGCAAUGGGAGAGAAGCCAGAUAUUACUAUUGAGUGUAGCGGGGCUCCUUCAAGCCUCCAAACAGCUAUUUAUGCCACCAAGUCUGGGGGAGUUGUGGUACUGGUUGGUCUCGGGCAAGAGCAUGUUGAGAUGCCCGUGGUCAAUGCCGGAGUUAGAGAAGUGGACAUUAGGGGCAUUUUCAGAUAUGUCAACUGUUAUCCCACAGCCUUGGCCAUGGUGGCUUCAGGAAAAGUGAAUGUGAAGCCACUUAUUACACACAAGUUCAAACUGGAAGAGUCCAUCAAGGCUUUUGAGGCUGCAAAGAGAGGAGAAGGCAUUAAAAUAAUGAUCACUUGUACUCGAAAUUGAUUUGCAGUGAUUUGGCCAAGAAAAUUGGUAAAGAUGCAUUACCAUUAUCCAUUGCCACCACAUUUACAUGAAAAUCCUACUUGUAUGCUUCCCUAGAUCCGGAAAGUAGUGAAAAAGCUCAGGGGAUCCUUUUAAGUUUUAAGUGCAGAGUGAAUUUUCCACAGCCUCAUUAAAAAUAUGUCUGGAUAACAAAACUUUAGUUUUUCAGUAUUACUUUUGAACUCUUUGUAUAUUUUAUACGCAGUUAAUUUGAUUGAAUUGGUCGUUUCACAUCUUAUUGAUGGUCCACAGAGGCAUCAGAAUUUCUGAUUUAUCUUAAGAUGUACAUGUAGUUUGCUGACUAUUUGACUUUUUUGUAGAGUCGUGUAGAAUAGUCUGAAGCAGGCACUGGAGAUGGUUUAGAGAAAUAUACAACAGAAAGAAGGAUUAGAAUUUAUAGAACAUUAUUUCAUUUCAGUGUAUGUUUAGUAAACAUCAGUCUACGGAAGUCCUGAAAACCUUGUGCAUUAAUGUCUAUGUUUAGAAAAUAUGUUUGAAUAAAGCCUAAAAUGUUGAUGUUAGUUCAAAUUAUUGAUAUUGUAACUGUGCCAUUGGCCACUGGGUUUGAAUUUAAGAAUUCACAUAACUAGUUAUUGUCCCAACUCUGACUUCACAACUUUUUUCUAAGAACAAAUGUUUAAUGUAUUUGUUAAUUGUUGGGCCACAGUUAGUUCAAGUUUGUUACAAAGAUUGUUGACUCCCUAUCUUCUAUAUGUGCUGUUGCGGGAUGUGAUGCAGCAUAUUGUUGUACAUUUUUUGUCCGACACCUGUAGAUGUCUGGGACAUUGCUAUUGUGUACCUUCAACUUUUGUAAUCAGUGCUCAUGUUAUUCAGAACUUACUUAAUACUAUACUGUAUUGUUUGCUCAAUCAUUCUGUGAAUCGAGACUGUAACGAUGAUUUCACA